GUGAGGGGAAAAGUUGAAGUCCAUGCAAUGAUUUGAAAUAGACCAGAUCUACUUAAAGAAACGAAGGCCGUGACCUUAACGUUAUUUGAAAUAGAGUUUGAAUGCUGCAUUCGGAAAUAUCAAAUUUCACAUUCUAUCAGAGAACAAGUGGAAACUUGCAAUCGUGUUUUGGCUUGAAAGUUAGAAGCUACUGAUAAGCACUGUAUGGUUGAAGCCAAGUGGUUCCUUGCCGUAUCAUUAAUACCGUCAUAACCGCAAGCUACGUUGAGUGGCAACAACACCAGGAAAGAACUGUCCGUACAUAACGGAGAUAUCUAAAACAUCGACUGCGCUGAUUGCAUAAGAGAGCUAUCAAAUCAACAAUUUCAAUCUAAGAUACUUCAUUUCCUCGCAAGAAUGCCGAAAUCAUUUCUCGUCAAGCAAAGGAAAAUAUGUAAACAGUUAAAAGAGGACGACUUGAACAUAUACUCCGACGAAGAGUCGAACGAAGGGAGUAAUAAACGUGAAGUGACAAGAGAAAAAGAGAAAAAUGUAGUGAAUCGUGGUAGCCCGGUGAAUCUUACAAAAGAUAAAGAAGAGAAAAAUGUCGUUCAGGAAAAAGAUAAACAAACACCUCACGUUUCAAGCCAAAAUGUCCAUCAAUUAUUUCCAACCGGAACUGCGCCGAUCUAUGUCUUUUCGAGCCAUCAACCCAUUAGACCAGAUCACGUAACAACUCCUAUUCCUGUACAAUAUGUCCAUCCUAACUUCUGCUAUCCACCAUACAUCCAUUAUGAUACAAUCCUAUCCACACGCGUCCUACCCAAAGAACAAAUACCUCCCGUUGCUGACGUCAUGGCUGCGCAGAACCGUAUGCGUAAUGGUAAAGACUCGGGUACCCUACCACUAAGUAUUGCAACAAAUCCUGCCUCGUUGUCCAAUGGGAAUGUUGUUCCCACUCCACAAAUACUACAACAACAUCUGAUCAUGGAAAAUGGCGGGAAAGAGAAGAAAUACGAAUGUCAUGUAUGUAAAAGCACCUUUUCCCUGCAAAGAUUGUUAAACAGACAUAUGAAAACUCAUUCGUUUUAUAAACGUUAUCAAUGUCCGUACUGUGAUAAAGGUUUUAACGAUACGUUUGAUUUAAAACGCCACGUUCGAACUCACACUGGUAUCAAACCUUUUAAAUGUAAUCUCUGUGACAAGGCAUUCACCCAACGUUGCUCCCUUGAAGCACACAAAACACGUGUACAUGGUGUUGUUUAUGAAUACGGUUUCCGAGAACGAAGAGCUAAACUUUAUGUUUGUGAAGAUUGUGGUGAAACUUUCCAAGAAAGUGGCGAUUACAUGAAACAUUUACAAGAAAAACAUCCAGAUUCUGCCGCAAAAACCAGGUUUAAGAGAAGUCUUCAGGCCAAAUUAUCAAAAGCAAGAAGAGUAGAAAUGGAAGCAAGUUAGAAGAUAUUAAAUAUUUCCAGUUAUGUUGGGGUUCCACCUGCACGUUCUACUGAUGAAGUGCUUAUAUGAAAGGUUUUUAACUUGACGCAACUCUGAACUGACAG